AUGACAAACCAGAAGCCCCUCUCUAAAUUCCUAUCCUUUCUUUUGCUCAGUCUCAGCCUUUGCGGUUAUGAGCCUUUGAUGAUGGCAAAUGAGUUGAUACCAGUUGGAGUAGUUCUUGAUUUGAAGUCCCCGGUUGGAAGAGUGGCAGAGAGGUACCUGUCCAUGGCGCUCUCAGACUACUAUGCUGUGAAUCAUAACUAUAGCACAAGACUUUCUCUUCUCACAAAGGAUUCUGGGAAUGAUGUUAUUGCUGCAGCAUCUGCAGCACUAGAUUUAAUGAAGAAAGAAGAAGUGCAGGCCAUUAUAGGACCUCAAAGGUCAGCACAAGCUAGGUUUGUGAUAGAACUUGGUCGUAAAGCUCAGGUUCCCAUCAUUUCCUUUUCAGCCACAAGUCCUUCUCUUUCUCCAUCCCAAAACAAGUUUUUCUUGCGCACAGCCCAAGAUGACUCCGCACAAGUUAAAGCCAUAGCAGACAUUGUUAAGGCCUUCGGUUGGCCGGAAAUUGUCCUUAUUUACGAAGACACAGAGUAUGGCAAUAGUUUGAUUCCACAUUUAAUGGAAGCUUUACAAGUGAUUGACACUCGGGUCCUUUAUAGAUGUGUCAUUCCUCCAUCAUCUAAUAGUACGGAAAUCAUUAAAGAGCUUAAAAAGUUAAAGGCAAAUCACGCAAGAAUAUUUCUUGUUCACAUGACUGCUUCACUUGGCUCCAAACUCUUUGCACUUGCAAAGAAUGCAGAAAUGAUGAGUGACGGGUAUGCAUGGAUGGUCACAGAUGGUUUAUCAUCUUUGCUAGAUCCUAUGAGCUCAAAGGUCAUGGACUCAAUGCAAGGUGUAUUGGGAAUAAGGCCAUACUUAUCCCUAUCUAAACAUCUUGAAGAUUUUGAAAGAAAAUGGAAGAGAAAUUUAACCUCAAUCCAGGCAAAGAUCAGGAGUACUACUAGCUUAAACCUGUUUGGAUUAUGGGCAUAUGAUACAAUUUGGGCAUUGGCUAUGGCAGUGGAGAAGGCUGGCAUGCAUUCCAGCUUCUUCAAGCAAAAUGUUAGCGGUUGUAAUGCUGAUCUGGCAGCUUUAGACAUUUUUGAAAAUGGUACAAGGCUUCGCAAUACAAUUGUAAAUACUACAUUUGAAGGCCUAAGCGGGAAUUUUGGUUUGGUUAAUGGGCAGUUGGAGCCUUCAGCCUUUGAAGUAUUCAAUGUGAUAGGAAAAACCGAGAUAAAUAUUGGAUAUUGGACCCCACAAAGAGGAUUUUCCAAAGAUUUAAAGGAUACUAGUGAAAAGGCAUACUCGACCUCAAAGGACAAACUUAAACCACUGAUUUGGCCAGGAUACACAAUACACCAACCUCCUUCAAGGUUAAGGAUUGGGGUUCCAGUGAAAAAUGGUUUUAAACAAUUCGUGAAGUUGGAAUGGAAAUCUUCUACCGAUGAUUCGCCUAAUGUAUCAGGAUUUUCCAUUGAUGUGUUCAAUGCUGUACUAGAUUCAUUUCCCUUCCCCCUUCAUUAUGAGUUUAUUCCCUAUAUGAAUAAACAAAGGCAGAGCAAUGGGACAUACGAUCAACUUCUUUACGAGAUUAAGACUAAGAAGUAUGAUGCAGUUAUUGGAGACACAACAAUUAUUGCUAAUCGCUCCACGUAUGUUGAUUUCACUUUGCCUUAUACGGAAUCAGGCGUGCAAAUGGUGGUUUCAGUAAAGCAUGAUGAGAGAAAAAGCUUGUGGAUCUUUUUAAAGCCACUAAGCUUGAAAUUAUGGCUAACAACUGGUGCAGUGUUCAUUGUUAUAGGUUUAGUCAUAUGGGUUCUUGAACAUCGUGUAAACACUGAGUUUCGAGGCCCUCUAGAGCAACAACUUGGCUUGAUUUUCUGGUUUUCCUUCUCUACACUUGCCUUUGCUCACAGGGAGAAAGUGGUAAAUAAUUGGUCAAGAUUUGUGCUAGUCAUAUGGAUUUUCUUGGUACUCAUCCUAACUCAAAGUUAUACUGCUAGCCUAACCUCAAUAUUAACAGUACAGAGAUUGCAACCUACAUUUGUUGAUGUAAAAGAGGUUAAAGAGAAUGGUUAUUUUGUUGGAUAUCAAAAGAAUUCCUUUGUUAAGGAGUUUCUAAAAGAACAAUUAGAUAUCCCUGAGUCCAUGUUGAAACCAUAUGACACCAUUGAAGAGUAUCAUGAAGCACUGUCAAACGGAACUCGCAAUGGCGGGGUUGCAGCUAUUUUUGAUGAAAUCCCUUAUUUAAAGAUCUUCCUUGCAAAGUAUUCCUCUAAGUAUACUACAAUUGGACCCCUCUACCAUACCGAUGGAUUUGGCUUUGCAUUCCCACAAGGAUCUCGUUUUGUCCCUCACAUGUCAAGGGCAAUCUUGAAUGUCACACAAAAUAGAUCAAAAAUUCAAGCAAUUGAGAAUAAGUACGAUUUAAGUCAGUUUAACUAUGAAGAUCAAAACACCAGAAUCUCUCUAGAUAGUCAUAGUCUUGAUGUGGACAGUUUUAAGGGCCUCUUCCUCAUCGCUGGAAUUGCUUCUGUGGUCUCAUUCUUGGUUUAUAUGUUUAAGUUAUUUUACUCACAUUGGCCUGUUUUGAGCGAAGAAAAUCCUGUCGACUCAUGUUGGUCCAAAUUAGUUAAAAUGGCAAAACAUUUUGACCAGAAAGAUCUCUCUUCACAUACCUUUAAGGGAGAAGAAUCAAGGGUAUAUGUCGUAGCAAGUCCUGAGGUUUUUGAACCUUCACCUGGUAUUGAUGAUAUGCAGAAUCACACAAGGAAUUCCACAGAAGGAUCAGAUGAUGUGGUUAUAGACGAUGACAAUGAUAGUCUUUCUUCAAGUUCAAGGCAUGGUGAUGCAUCUAUGCAGGAUGUACCCAAUUCAUCAUAGACAUGGUUUUCUACCUAAAUCUUUAAGAGAUGAACUCAUUUCCCUAAGCUGGGUUCAUAAUUUAUUACUUGAAAAUUAUG